AUGGCGAACAGCCCAACAACCGCCGAAGUUGGAAAUGGAAUUUAUCCAUACAAACCAAGCCAAACAGCAGGCAUGAUGAUGGCUGUCCUAUUUGGCAUGAGUGCGGCCUACCAUCUCAUAAUCAUGAUUAAAAAGAGAACUUGGUUCUAUACACCCCUAACUAUUGGUGCUAUCAUGAUGGGUGCCGGUUAUAUUGCACGUUAUAUUUCGGCAAAGUCCCCCAGCGAGCUCGGUGUCUACAUCAUCCAAUCGCUCUUUAUUAUCCUUCCGCCAUCCCUCUACGCCGCCACUAUCUAUAUGAUCUAUGGUCGUUUAGUCCUCUACGUCAAUGCGCCGGAGGCCAGUAUCAUUCGUCCCACCCGGGUUACGAAGAUAUUUGUGUGUGGUGACGUGCUCGCUUUUUUUCUCCAAGCGGGCGGUGGUGGGAUGAUGGCCCAAGCUAGUAUGGCAAAGCUUGGACAGAAAAUAAUGUUGAUUGGCCUAUUCAUUCAGCUCAUGUUUUUUGGCUUCUUCCUCUCGGUUUCUCUGGUCUUCUGGAAGCGUAUGCAAUCCUCUGCCAAGCUUUACACAAUCCCAAAAUAUGGAAAACACACUUGGCAGGCACUCUUAAAAUUUUUGUUGGGAGCUGCUGUGAUUAUCAUCCUGAGAUGUGUUUACCGAGUUAUCGAAUUUGCGCAGGGAAAUGAUGGCUAUCUCGCUACCCAUGAGGUCUAUAUGUACCUUUUCGAUUCAGCGCCGAUGCUUGUUGUCCAAAUGAUGUUCCACUUUGUGCAUGCUGGCGAUGUCUUCCCCCCGGUAUUGAUUUGA